AAAAUAAUUGGCGAAUGUGCGAUUGUGCCUCUAUAUAAAACUUAUUUUAUUCGGCCUGUUAACACUUCUAAAAACAGGAUCUAGAUCUAGGAAAGAUAGAAGAGAUAACUUGAAUAUAAAUCAAUAAGCGUCGAUAUAAAACAGUUAAUUCUUCGAAAAGUCAACAUGCUGCUGCAGCGGAACAAAUUAGGCAGCGUACGGCCACCAAAGCGUUGCAGGAGCGACAUGGACAACACCUCCACCUCGGACAUUGUCAUCAUCAAUGGCAACUCGCAUCCGGAUCUGGCCAACAUGGUGGCCGAGCGUAUGGGCAUCAAGAAUGGGGGCUGCUCCGUGUUCCACAAGUCCAAUAGGGAGACUAUUGUGGAGAUCAGUGAUUCCGUUAGAGGCAAGGACAUCUACAUCAUCCAAACGGGCACCAAGGAUGCCAACAACAAUAUCAUGGAGCUUCUGAUUAUGGCCUACGCCUGCAAGACUUCCUCGGCUCGUUCGAUCGUGGGAGUGAUUCCAUAUUUGCCCUAUUCCAAGCAGUGCAAGAUGCGCAAGCGCGGCUGCAUUGUCUCCAAGCUGCUGGCAAAGAUGAUGUGCACCUCUGGCCUGACGCACAUCAUCACUAUGGAUCUGCACCAGAAGGAAAUCCAGGGCUUCUUUGACAUACCCGUGGACAAUCUGAGGGCGUCGCCCUUUCUGCUCCAAUAUAUUCAGGAGAGCAUUCCCGACUAUCGAAACUCGGUGAUUGUAGCCCGCAACCCGGGUGUGGCCAAGAAGGCCAACUCCUACGCCGAGCGACUGCGUCUCGGCCUGGCCGUCAUCCAUGGCGAACAGAAGGAAACGGAUGCCGAUGAGGUCGACGGUCGGUACUCCCCUCCACCGACCAGAAACUCUACUCCACAACACGCCCCAACCAGCAGCGCCCGCCAGCGAACCACCUCGGUUUCGGUGGGUGUUCCGGAGCACAUUGUCAAGGUCAAGCCACCGCUGACCAUUGUGGGAGAUGUCAGUGGACGCAUCGCCAUCAUGGUGGAUGACCUGAUCGACGAUGUGCAGGCCUUCGUGGCCGCCGCUGAGAUGCUGAAGGAGAACGGUGCCUGCAAGAUAUACGUGCUGGCCACGCAUGGUCUGCUUAGCUCAGAUGCACCACGUCAGCUGGAUGAGUCGCCCAUCGAUGAGAUCGUUGUAACCAAUACCAUUCCACACGAGAUCCAAAAGCUGCAGUGCCAUAAGAUCAAGACGAUCGACAUCUCCAUUCUGAUCGCUGAGGCCAUCCGCCGCAUCCACAACAAGGAGUCCAUGUCCUAUCUGUUCCGCAACGUAACGCUGGAGGACUAGGGGACCCACCCACUCAUAUAACCACUCACAAGUCACAAGAAUAGUGUUGCAACCGACCCGUUUUGGGUCGUUUUUUGUUUGUUUACCGCUUUUAGACAUCAAUUCAACGCGCGCCCAGCGCUCGUUUGCUCAAAUAAAAUUGAUUGAUCCCAUAUAAUGUAGCACACUUUUAGGCCUCACACAUACUCCACACUGUCCUACAUGUUGUGCGUUCAUCUAAGGCUAGCCACUUCCUUCUAGUUCGUAAGUCAAAGCUCCCACAACUUUGUCCAAAUAAAGCAGAUUGUACUGAA